GUGAGUAUUAAAAUGGGUCUAACCCUAACUCCAUGUCUUAAUCAAAUCCAUGGCGAACACCAGCAGAGAUCAAAGAUGGUCCCUUCAGGGGAUGACCGCUCUUGUCACCGGCGGAACCCACGGCAUUGGGCGAGCCACGGUGGAAGAACUUGCAGCAUUUGGGGCCAUUGUCCACACAUGCUCGCGAAGCCAGGGAGAUUUGGACAAAUGCCUGAAAGAAUGGGAAGAAAUGGGCCUCAAUGUAAGUGGGUCUGUGUGCGAUGUGCAUAGCAGAGAACAGAGGAAGCGGCUGAUGGAAACCGUGUCGUCUCUGUUCAAUGGCAGUCUCAACAUUUUGGUGAAUAAUGCUGGGACAUCUGCGUACAAAAGCUCCUUAGAAGUUACAGAGGAAGAGCUUUCGAGUGUUAUGAGUACCAAUUUUGAGGCGUCGUUUCAUUUUAGCCAACUCGCUCAUCCUUUGAUGAAAGCUUCUGGUAAUGGAAGCAUCGUUUUCAUGUCCUCUGUUGCAGGCUUGAUGUCCCUUCCAUACUCUACUCCCUACGCUGCUUCCAAAGCUGCCAUAAACCAAAUCACGAGGAACUUAGCAUGCGAAUGGGCCAAAGACAACAUCCGUACAAACGCAGUGGCUCCAUGGAUCAUCAGAACUCGCUUUGUGAAACCUCCCACUGAUGAUCCGAUCCAUGUAGAAGUAAUGAACCACAUGCUGUCAGUAACACCUCUUAAACGUGCUGGGGAGCCGCAUGAAGUUUCUUCAAUGGUUGCCUUUCUGUGUCUUCCAGCUGCGUCUUAUAUUACUGGACAAGUUUUCUGUAUUGAUGGAGGCCACACUGUGACGGCUUUCCCCAUCCCCGACGCUUGAAAUCCUUCGAACCCUUCUGUUUGGUCUAAUCGUAUCAAGUUCCUUUUAAGCUUUUCAUGUCA